AUGCAAAACAAAGCUACACCAAUUGCAUGGCCAAAUAUUGAUAGUAACCCUGUUAAUGAAUUUCGUACUUCUGGAUAUAUUGCACGUGCCUUCUCAAUGCAAUACCCAACCGGUAACGCCGACCUUCGUGCAAAGCGUGUAAGAGAUGUAAAGCCUGCUGAAUAUUUCCAACACAUGCUUAAAUAUAAAGAUGGAAGUGCAGCUGAUUUACAUUGGCCAGAACUUCACAAACUUAUGCUACAUGGUGAGGAUCAACUAAGAGUGCCAGAACAAGAUUCAGCUAAGCGUCGACAUGUGUUAAUUCCUAAAUGGAAUUUGGAAGACUGGUGGUAUUGCUUUGAGUGGCAACAUCAUGACAGUGCUCAUAUACACGACAUUGGAAUACGUAAAGACGCACCAAUAAUUGAUUGGGAAAAAAUGAAAGAAGACAAUGAAAUGAUGGCUAAAGUAGUACAGUACCUAGAUUCUUUGGUCACUACAAUAAAUCCAGAAAUGGAUGCACCCGUACCUGAUCAGCAUCCCUGUCGAAAGUGUGACAAUGAAUUAAACGAUGACCUGCAGGAUUAUGUUGAGUUGAUAAAUAAAUUACAAUGUCAUACCAGGUGUAAUGCUUCAUAUUGUCUUCACAAUAAUCAUGCAGGUGAACAAUCUUGCAGAUUUGGCUAUCCAAAAGAGAUUGUAGAACACACCUUUAUACAAGAUGAUGAUCAUGGCCAUCCAGAACUUGUAACAGCAAGAAAUGAUUCUUAUAUCAAUCCUCACGAUCGACUUCAGCUUCAAGGAUGGCAUGCAAAUGUCGAUUUAAAACCAGUUCUUAGCACUUAUGCCACCCUUCAGUACAUUUCUAAAUAUGCAAGCAAAUCCGAACCUCGAUCUGAAGCUUUUUCAGAUAUAUUGAAUUGCAUUCUUUCCAAUAGCAACCCCAACGAUUCGUCCCUUGCCUCAUUUCAGAAGUUACUUUUACGCACUGUUGCAGAGCAUGAUAUUUCUGCACAAGAAACCUGCCACCUUCUUCUUAGUAUACCACUUUACCAUUCUAGUCGCCAGUUUGUAUCUCUAAAUCUCAACAAAGACGCGCCGCAAUUACUUCGUGGAGCUGGAAAUGACAUCGAAUUUUCAAGGAUUGAAGAAGUUGGACGUACAAUGCAAUCGCUCCUGCAAAAGUAUUGGAAUCGACCUAAUGAGCUGGAAGACAUAACACUUUAUCAACUCUAUUUAAAAUACAAAUUUUUAAACAGCAGUUGGAAACCAUGUAAACGUGAAAAUAUAGUGUGCAUCUGGCCUUGA